CUCCCGUGGCAAUUCAACCCCUCCUCCCUCCCCCAAAACCCAGCCUUCCUACUCUUGAAGAAGAGUUAUAACCAUGCAGCCAGGUGAGGUUGCCAGCAUUAGAUAUGUUGCACCUCCAAACCCGCCUUCCUUCCAAGCUCAUUACAACAUGGCGCAGAACAACAACCCCUCCUUUCCCUAUUGCAGUAUCCUUGGACCUUAUGCUGUGCACCAACUCCAGACGAUUCCUCUGAUCCAUGAAAUCAGCCUUCUGGGUUCUUGUCUCGGCAAUAACUCGACUUCAGAUGAGGCAGAAGAGAACCAACUGAGACUAGCUGAGGAGAGGAGAAAGAGGAGGAUGAUUUCCAAUAGAGAGUCGGCACGCCGUUCGCGCAUGAGAAAGCAGAAGCACUUGAGAGAGCUCUUGUCGCAGGUCAUGCAUCUCCGAGCUGCCAACCGCCAGCUCCUCGAUGAGCUGAACCGUGUGAUGAGGGAUUAUGAUCAGAUCCUCCAUGAGAAUGCCCAGCUUAGAGACGAAGAGUCUGAGCUUAGAAAGAAACUCCAGGACCUUCUGGUGGAUGACACUAAUGGUGCUCUGCAGGGUCUUGAAGAGCCCUGCAACACUGCUCACAUUAGAGCUGAACCCAGAGACCAGCAGAUCACUGCAUCCUUGAAGCUACUUCACUGAGGGAGAUCUUUCUUCUUGUUCGUCCCUCAUCGUCCUCUUUUUGUUCGUGUGGUGUGUGAAGAAGAUUAGCCUCUUGAUCAGAAUUCCACUGUAUUUGAGCUGCAUGGAGAAUA